GUGAGGAUAAUAUCCCAAGGCAAAAAUCUUGACUGUCUCCCAUGCAGCUGGAGAAACGCUUUGUGUGUUUGUCUCCUCCACUCUCUUCUGCACACACAGAGCAUCAAACAGAAGAAGACGAAGAAGAAGAAGAAGAAGAAGAAGAAGCCAUUGGCUCCGAGGAGCUGAUGACGGAGCGGAGGGAGCGCACUGUCUUCUCCAGGAGCGCAGUAACACACACACACACACACACACACACACACGCACGCACACACACACAGUGCACCUCCUGCCUGUGGGAUGAGACCAGCGUGUCGGACUGGGAUGCACAUUUAAGUGGAGAACUUUUUCUUCUUCUGCUGUUAUUAAUUUUUUCUUUAUUUUUGGAGGUGGAGACCUGUUAGGGCGAGCGCGUUUACACUCUCCAGGAGCGCGCAGUGUGGCACACGCUGGAACAAAAAGCAGCUCAUUGCAGCGAGUGCAGCGCAGGCAGGUUUCCGUUUUUAAAAGCAGCAGGAGAGGCAGGAGAGUUACGGAGUCCGCGGGGAAGCGGUGUCGGUGCACGAGGAAGACUGAGACCGGGAUAUUGAGAAGAAAUCAGCGGCAGAACUUGGAUAUGGCGGGUGCUGUGAAGACGUUCGACCUUCUCGUUGGAGUUGUUUUAGUUUUGCAGUGUGUGGGGGAUGCCCGAGCUGAGAUCACAGCCAGCAACGGGGUCUCUUACUCAUACAUACAGGGGCAGGCAGGAGAUGAGGAAGCAGCAGUGGACGUGAAGCUGUACAGUCACCGGUGGAGGAGAUGGCUUCCCCCAAAACCUCGCAACAUGGACAGCAACAGGGCCAGUCAGGAGCAGGACCAGGAUCCUGAGCAGGGGGAGCCCGAGGGCUUCCCAGGCCUGCUGUCUGCAGAGGAAACGGACAACAGCUCCCAGAUAGAGCAGGAUACAGAUCACAACUACUACACAUCAAAAACAUACAACCCGUCGGAUUCGAUGAGCAAGGACUUGUGGGUAGAUGUGGACCAGAUGGACAAGGACAAAGUGAAGAUCCACGGGAUUCUGUCCAACACACACAGACAAGCAGCGAGAGUUAAUCUGUCCUUCGAUUUCCCUUUUUAUGGACAUUUCCUGCGUGAAAUCACCGUGGCGACUGGUGGGUUCAUCUACACGGGGGACGUGGUCCACCGGAUGCUAACAGCGACACAGUACAUCGCUCCUCUCAUGGCGAACUUUGACCCCAGUGUCUCCAGAAACUCUACCGUCAUCUACUUUGACAACGGUACUGCUCUGGUGGUGCAAUGGGACCAUGUCCACCUACAGGACAACUACAACCUGGGAAGCUUCACCUUCCAGGCAACACUGCACAACACCGGCAGGAUUGUUUUUGCCUACAAAGAGAUCCCCAUUGAGGUGUCACAGAUCAGCUCUGUCAAUCACCCGGUGAAGGUGGGCCUGUCUGAUGCCUUCGUGGUGGUCCACAAGAUCCAACAAAUUCCCAACGUUAGGCGGAGGACAAUCUACGAGUACCACCGCGUGGAGCUGACGAAGAUGAAGAUCACCAAUUCCACUGCCGUGGAAAUGAUGCCUUUACCCACCUGUCUCCAGUUCACCAGCUGUAGCGCGUGCAUCUCCUCGCAGAUCAACUUCAACUGCAGCUGGUGCCAUCGGCUCAACAGAUGCUCCAGUGGCUUCGACCGCCAUCGGCAGGACUGGGUGGAUAACAGCUGCCCAGAUGAGACCAAGGACAAGAUGUGUGACAUCAUCGACACCACGUAUCUCUACCCCUUCACCACCACGAUUGUCUCCAAAACAACAUCCAGGAGCCAAGAGGCCACUGCAGGCGGGGACGCACCCUCCACCUCCCAGCCUCCCACCAGCGUCCCCACCGAAGACGAUACCAAGAUCGCACUGCAUCUCCGAGACAACCAGGUGCUGCCUGCAGACAGUGCUGUAGACAGGAAGCCAGGCACACACCCUUUGCACACUGGUCUGAUCCUCGGCAUCCUCCUGGUGAUGCUCGUCAUGGUUGCUGGCGUGCUGAUCACCGUGUACAUCUACCAUCACCCGACCUCCGCAGCCAGCCUCUUCCUCAUUGAGAGGCGCCCAAGCAGGUGGCCAGCCAUGAAGUUUCGCCGGGGGUCGGGCCACCCAGCCUACGCAGAGGUGGAGCCAGUGGGCCAGGAGAAGGAGGGCUUCAUCGUGUCCGAGCAGUGCUGAGGGAGGAGGGGGCGUCUGCAUCCCCGCGACCCCCCCACCCCUCCUGUGCCGGCCCUCCUCCCUCCUGUGCCGGCCCUCCUUCCUCCUGUGCCGGCCCUCCUCCCUCCAGCUCACCAGGAACCUCCAGGAUCUGCUCAUCAGUGUACACAAUGACUCGUUAAGAAUGCGGAAUCGGCCCAUUGAGUGCUAGAUGAGACUGGAUACAGCAGCCAAUGAUAUGAGGAAGUGAAAAAGCCCUGAAAACUGAUCCCAGACAAGCCCAUUGUUCAGCUCCUGUUGGCAAAGAACUGACCUACUGGGGACAGAGGGAAGGAACAGCAUCGAUGUCAUCGACUCAGUCAGCAUUGGUUAAGUUUUGUUCGACUGCUAUCAUGUUGCCAUGGAGGGAUUGUACAUCCUGACUGCCUGGACUGGUUACUGGUGUGGUUGAGGGAGGAGCAGGGUGAAUUAUACAAUAUAUAUUUUCAGAAACAAUACAGAGUAUGUGAACAGAGAUUUCCACUUUAUUGUCGGUGGGGUUAUACUGUAUAGGCCUUUGUAUAUCCAUCAGGUUUUUACUUCUUUUACUUUUUCUUUUAUUAUGUUGUUUUCACAGGGGUUGGCACAUUUAUCUGUACAGACCGUCGGUAUUGCUUUUCAAUACCAUAGCAGGCUUAAUUGACUUUUCCACUGCCCGCUCUGCACGGAGAGGCGGCAGCUGUGCGAUAUGACGUGAGCUGAAGUCCUGUCACAGCGAUCGAUCGCAGCUCGGAGAAAAGCUCUGAACAUUCAGAGGUUCUGGAUUAGUUUGUCAUGUUUGGCUGGUUUCAUUUUCUGAAAAUGAAGUGUAAGAUGUUUUGUUUUUUCAUGGGUGAUGGGCACACUCUAUCUUUUGAUUCCUUACAUCAUGGAUACCAUUUUAUGUAUUUUCUUUGUUUUACUUUUGCAGUUUUUUCAUUACUGCCGUGCCAUUUUGUCCCUGGCUAGAGUUUGCACUUUUUUUCUCAUUUGACAUGUGGUACUAAUGCAAAAUUACAAGACAGGCGCUUGUGAGUGUGUAUGCUGAAUAUAUUUUCUAAAGUGUAAGUGAUUCUGUGUGUGUAUAUGCGUGUGAAUGCAAAAGAGAGCAGUACAUUACAUUAGGGAUUGGAUAUCCACCUGCUUUAUAGGUGCAUAUGUUUGAGCUGGCUCUGCACAGGUGAUUCUUAUUGAUUUGAAUCUAAAGUAUCUGGAUACAGUUUGUGUAAACCAGAAAACACACAGGUAUGGUUGGAGUUUAUUGAUUUUACAGUGUGGUUUACUUUCCCAGUAUGUUGUCAGCAUAACUAUAGGCUAGUCUGUGUUUGUUAGAAGCGUCUCAUCCGUGUCAACACAUUAAUGUAUAUACCAAGGCCAAAACAUUUGCAGAUUCAGGUACCUCAUGGCAAACAUUUGUUGUAUAGCAGUAUAGUACAGAAAAAACUUUUUAUUUUUUAUGAGUGGCCUUUUUUUCUCUACUUUUUUACUUAAAUGUGAAUACUGUUCCAAUCAUUACUCUCACCAAUCAAUACACACGUUUUCUGACUGGACAAAUUCAAACAUUCACUUCUACUGUUAAACAAAAUCAUGUAUUUACACCAAUGAUUGUAGACUCAUUUUAGAUCAAUAUCCUGGAAUUCUACUGAAAAAUAAAAACGUGCAAUAUUAGCCUACACCCAUUCAGUUUGACACUGUAAAUACAUGAAAAUAACACUCAAGUGGAUUUUUUUGCUAUUCACAACUUGUCAUCACAUUGAGACCAAAGACUAAUCAGCAUCAUAUUUUCAAGUAUUUACUUCACGUGUUCACGUGGCGCGAGCGAACCGAUCACAUGACUCCGCAAUUUAAUCUGAAAUUUAUUUACGGUUUUAACGUUUAUUGCAGGUGAUUUGAUAAUUAAUAAUAAAUGCAUUACAAGAAUAUUGGCCACGGAGAAAACGGCUCAUUGCCCGCCAUGUUCCUGUAAAUAAAAAGAUUUAUUUCGCAGUUUACACGAACAUCCAGCGUUGCCCCAUUUUAUUCUUCUGUUGCUGUUCGAGGUAAAUGCCUAAUCUCGCGAGAGUUUCUCAAAUUGAGUGUUAACAUGUAGAUACGACCGUUAAUUUACAGCACUACACUUCUGUGGGCAACAUUAUAAUAAUGUAUCACAAUGAUUGUUAAUUAAAGUUAGGCUGUGACUAAUCAAAACUCCGGUUUAGACUAAUUUUCGGGACGUCUAAUCAGCAGUGUUACCCAGUAAGGAAAGUAGCUAUCAGCUGUCCUAAAAGUCGCCUAAUUUGCGUGUAAUUGUAAUGGACGCUGUAGGAGAGAGGAAUAACGUCGUGGGAGACAAAGUGAGUAAAAAACACCCUAAAUAUGUUUAGAGCUACACACUUUCUUUGUCACUAGUCGCUUCUGACAAAAAUAAAUCGCCAAGAAUAUUUGAAAGCCACCAGAAUUAGCCAGAAAGUCGCCAAAC